AUGCCGCCACCUUCGAAGAAUCGCAGCGCUCCAGGCGAAAGCCCCAGGCCCCAGCAGCGCUCGGCAGGGGCCCCCUGCCCAUGCGUCUCUCGUGGAGGCAGCACUGGCAUCUGCGAUCUCAAUGUGUGGCAGGGCACGACGCUGGAUGACGACGCAGCGCGGUCGGGGAGACGAUUGCUUCGCCCUAAUUUACCCGUGAUCAAGUGCAAACACUGGACGCAGAUUCGGUUUCCAGGCCGCCUGUACCAUUUGGUCUCCUUGGGCUGGAUUCCGCUGCUCUGCGUCUUCGUCGCAGUAUACGUCGGAGUCGUUGGACUGUUCGCACUGCUGUUUGAUGCUUGCCAUGGGUACACGAAGCCUCGAAUUACUUCAAUUUGA